CCCCCCCCGAAGUUCAGCAUGGCGGCGUCGACCUUGCAGGUGACGUGUCUGCUGGCGUGCACCGCGGCGUGUCUGCUCGGUAACGGUCGAUCCGCACCGGACGCCUCGGGCCUGCCUCUGGCCAUCCGCGUGCCACUGCGGCAAGGCGCGCGGCCCUCGCCGCCGCCGCCGCCGCUGCCGCACGCCGCGUCGCGCAGGCGGAGAGGAGCGGCAGCGCGCAGCGUCAGCUUCGUGGACAUGGUGGAUAACCUGCGUGGGAAGUCCGGUCAGGGCUACUACGUGGAGAUGGCCGUGGGCUCUCCUCCGCAGAAGGUAACGGCUUCGUUUGACGUCACGUGGCGCGGUCACAGCAGGGGGUCCAACUGGGAGGGAAUCCUGGGGCUGGCCUACGCUGACAUAGCCCGGCCUGACGAGACAUUGGAGCCUUUCUUUGACUCUCUGGUUCGGCAGACUCCGGUCCCCAACCUCUUCUCCCUCCAGUUGUGCGGAGCCGGCUUAACCCAAAACUACUCCCUGGGCAGCGCCACUGUCGGCGGCAGCAUGAUCAUCGGGGGAGUGGACCCAUCGCUGUACGUGGGGGAGCUUUGGUACACUCCCAUUCGCAGGGAGUGGUACUACGAGGUCAUCAUCGUACGCAUCGAGGUGAAUGGGCAGGACCUCAACAUGGACUGCAAAGAGUACAACUACGACAAGAGCAUCGUGGACAGCGGCACCACCAACCUCCGACUGCCCCGAAAGGUCUUCCAGGCCGCAGUGAAAGCCAUCGAAGCAGCGUCUUCGACCGAACAGUUCCCCUCCGGGUUCUGGCUCGGGGAGCAGCUGGUGUGUUGGCAGGCCGGCACCACGCCCUGGCACAUCUUCCCGGUCAUCUCCCUCUACCUGAUGAGUGAAAACCACAACCAGUCCUUCAGGAUCUCCAUCCUGCCGCAGCAAUACCUGCGGCCGGUGGAGGACGUGGCCUCCGGCCAGGAGGACUGCUACAAGUUCGCCGUGUCCCAGUCCAGCACCGGCACCGUGAUGGGGGCCGUCAUCAUGGAGGGCUUCUACGUGGUCUUCGACCGCGAAAAGAAACGCAUCGGCUUCGCCGUCAGCACCUGCCAUGUGCACGACGAGUUCCGCACGGCCUCGGUGGAAGGCCCGUUCCACGGCGUGGACCUGGAGGACUGCGGCUACAACAUCCCUCAGACGGACGAGUCCACCCUCAUGACCAUCGCCUACAUCAUGGCGGGGAUCUGCGCUCUCUUCAUGCUGCCGCUGUGCCUGAUGGUGUGCCAGUGGCGCUUCGCCCGCUGCCUCCACCCGCACGGGGACUUUGCCGACGACAUAUCGCUGCUGAAGUGACGCGCGCGGGAGACGGGCAGGGCAGCGAUGGAACGUGGUUAAAAAAUUAAAAAUAAAGACAUUUUUAAAAAAGGAAACGAGUACGCGGUGCACGUCAUGCAGAGUGUAGCAAAACCACUGAGGUGCAGCGAGCAGAGCAUCGGAGGAUAACUAGAGCCGUUCCCAACCUGAGGGACGGACGAGUGACCGCCGGCGUCGUCCCGUUCGAGCCCCCCCCCCUCUCCCCCCAUGCAGAUCGGGGGAGAUGCAAAGCAAAACGCUUUGGUCCAACGCGAUGUGUAAAUAAGACUUACAGAGGUGGACUGGAUUAAAGAGAAAAAUGUCAUCAUUUACCAAACAGGGAAAAAGUGAAGAAAAUCACAGCCUGGUGUGAUUCCCACAGACGAGUGUGUGGCUUCAUGUGGGUUUGAAUCGAUGUGCUCUCUGUUGUUUCUGAGGGGGUGAAAACCGGGUCGAUGUGUGUAGAGCAUGCCUGUACGUGUCAACGGCCGUGUUGCUAAGUGAGGAGUAUACAGAAAGAUUUAAUGAAGAUUAAGAUGAUACCACUGAGUACGAAAAGCAUCUAUGAAUUUACACCAUUUUGCUUGACGCCAGCAAAGAAUCCUGCUUCGUCAAUUAAGCAUUAAGAGGUUCACAUGGUGAAAUAUCUUAUUGUAACAGAAUUUAUCGUAUUAAAUCAGUUUUGCUGGGUUAAAAACUGAGACUACUGAACACAGUCGAUGUCAGAUGUCAUUUUCUCUAACUAUAUUGAUAGCUUAAAUGUAUUUAUUGUAAAUAAAAUGUGCGCAUACCAGAUCUUCUAUUUGCGCAGACACACACACACACACACACACACUUACACAUUCUUGAUCGUACUGCUGCGCCAUCUGAUGAUUUGCACAUGUAACAGCUCAUCACAUGUUAACUAACCAGGACUUAACAGGGCUUCUUCACCACAUCUCUCAAUGGGGACCACAUAUGUAUGCUCGGACAAGGAAACCAGCCCAAAUAUGUUAUACACGUAACAACACUAUGUAUGUCUGUAAUGAACGGUUUGUUUUGUCUCACAGCAAGCUGUAAAUGGAUCAACUCAGAACCGCAUAUUUAUCUGUCUGGUGCUGGCAGCACUGUGGAAUCAAUAAAGUGCUUAUUGUAACUGUGA